AUGCACGGCUCGAGCCGGUCAGCUCUUCUGUCGAUUUGCAACAAGUCCGACAAGUUCACAAAAUCGGAGUGGCUUGCUGAGACCCCGCGGUCCUGGCUAUUCCCAAGUAUGUCGUCGUCCGUCUUCAACUGUUUGCAGACUGUUUUUCGGACUGAGCACCCGCUCGUUCAGCGAAGGAAUACAAUUUUGCUUAGAAAUGGUGGGGCUGCUUCUGGUGUGACAAGGCUUGAUGAGAUUCGCAAGGAGAACCACAGCUACACUCUUCUAUCUCAGCCAUUUGCAUUCGAAUAUCCUGCCAAGUUGUACUGCUGCACCUCUUCGUUGUAA